AGAAAAGACGCAUAGGUCGGUUGCAUAUACCCUCUCAAAAAUCUUUAUUUUCUCUGCAAUGGUUCUCAUGGCUGCCAUCUCCACCAUGAUGCCACUCUCCAUCUCCGUCCCCAUCAGCCGGCCUUUAUACAAUCGGCCACACGAUUCGCGUACUUAUGCUUCUUUAAGCUCCUCCUCAUCAUCUUCUGAGUCAAAAUCCUCACUGCCAAGAGAACCCAGGCUUCCAUCUGCUACUUCUUCAUCAAAUCCCUUAGUUGUUGAGCCCUCUGGACCGCAUGAAUCGGGGAUGAACCAUGCGCUAGCGAACCCGAAUGGAAACCCGGUUGCCCGUUUCGCUACGUCCACCGAGUCUACCAUUGAGAGGGCAAUUUUUGACUUCCGCUUCUUGGCACUUCUGGCUGUUGGAGGCUCAUUGGCUGGUUCUGUGUUGUGCUUUCUCAAUGGUUGUGUUUAUAUUAUAGAUGCAUAUAAAAUUUACUGGAUGUGCUGUGUCAAAGGGAUUCACUCAGGACAGAUGGUCCUACGACUAGUUGAAGCUAUUGAUGUUUAUCUUGCUGGGACGGUCAUGUUAAUAUUCGGUAUGGGUUUACAUGGGUUAUUUAUCAGCAACGUGUCUCCAGAUGCUCCUCCCAGUGCUGAUCUUGCCCUCGAGGGCUCUUCUUUGUUUGGAAUGUUUUCUCUCAAGGAGAGGCCUAAAUGGAUGAAAAUUUGCUCACUUGAUGAAUUGAAGACAAAAGUGGGGCACGUGAUCGUUAUGAUUCUUUUAGUUAAGAUGUUUGAGAGGAGCAAGAUGGUAAAAAUUAUCACUGGAGUGGAUUUGUUAAGUUAUUCUGUAUGUAUCUUCCUAUCAUCUGCUUCUUUGUACAUCCUUAAUAAUCUGCACAAAUCAGACUAGGGAUGUCUGAUGUACUAUAGCUACCAAUGGAAUGAAUAUCAAACAAUGUAAUAUUCAUUGGCACGUAGAAAAGUGAAUAUCCAUGUUUCAAAAGAUUGCCUAUGGGGCAGUGUUUGGAAA